CGUUGGUGGCAAACAGUUUGCAUUCGAUCUUCCAGGGCACCACCUCCCAACGAGCGUCAUGACCGAGCUUCAGACCCUUCAGCACCAACAUGAGCUGGAGAAGCAGGCGCAGGCAGAGGUACAACACCAGGAGCAGCAGCAGCUCUUCCAAAAGCAGCGCUCCCAGCUCCAGGAACGGGAGGCAGCCUUCUUCAAGUUACAAGCUGAGUUCCAGCAGGAUCCGACGCCUCUUCGCGAGCACGAGUUGCUUAUGCUCCAGCAGGCUGGUCAACACGCGCAGGAGUUAUUCACGCAGCAGCAACAGCAUCUGCUUGAAAGCCACCGACAGGAGCAGCUGCGACUUGAGGAGCGUCACUGGCAUCAACAACAGCUCUUGCACCAGCAGCUUCAGCAGCAACUCCACCAGAACCACCAGAACCACCAGAACCAGCAAAACCAGAUAUCUCAGUAUCAACAACCCCAGCGGUCGGAGCAGCCUCAACAGCAUCAGCACCACCAACAUCACCCCGUCCCGCACCAACAGCAGCACCAACGAUAUGUAGCAUUAUAUCAUCAGCCCCAGCAGCCAGCACAGCCCCAGCAGCAGCUUUUAUCCCAACAGGCCGAUGAUAACGAUGUUGAGGCGAUGGAUGUCGAUGACGAGAACGUACUGCUCAGUAUCGCAUCGACUAUUACAAACCUUCGAGAGCAACCUGCAUCAGUUAGCACUGGUACUAUCAGCACUUGGGAGUCAGGACCUGCGACAUUCAGCAGCAGCGACACCGUGCCCGAUGGUGUCGUCGUCUUCGAUACUAAUGUUUUGAUCUCCCACCUCAAUUUCAUUCAAACGCUUAUCGAGGCACACGGAUCGCAGCCGACCUCAAAGCAAAGCGGAAAGCUCUACGUUCUGUUUGUCAUACCGUGGAUAGUGGUUCAGGAAUUAGACGGCCUCAAAGGAGAUGGAGGUCGUCACGGAGGAAACGAGUUGGAUUUGACAGGGAAGGCCCGCAGAGCCAUUCGGUAUCUGGAAAAUGAACUUGAUCGGCCCACGGAAUACAGGCGGCUACGUGGCCAGAGGAUCAGCGAGCGCAUAGAAAAGGAAGAAAAAAACGACGAUAAAAUCCUAGAUUGCUGCCGCUACUUCGGGAAGCUAUACUCGGACCAAAAAUCAACAAAGCUGACCCUCUUCUCAAAUGAUCGUAAUCUUUGUGUGAAGGCGGCUAUCCACAACAUUCAAACAGCGUCCCGCGAAAAAACCAUUCUUGAAAUCGAGGCCUUCACUGCCACGAUCUUGGGAAGAAAUUCGGACAUAUCUCCAAUACAGGAUGACGAUAACAUGAUGAUUGAUGAUUACCGUAACACGAGCGACAAACCAAAAGCAUCCUCACCCCCAAGAAAGAUACUCAGCGGCUCAUCGAAGGUUGCCAUCGUCUCUUCAAAAAUGGGCAAGUACAGAACGGAGGUUAACGAGCGCGAACUCCAGCGGAUCAAGGCAACCUCCAAGGUCACAACCGCGCCCGAGGGAAUGGACCCCAUGCUGUUUGCUCUCGCCAGCCACAUAGUCAAGAACCUGCGAAGAUGCCUGGAGGUUGCGGUGCUAGACCAUUUACAAGCAUUUUACGGCGAUGAUUGGAAAUCACUGUCGGAUUACAACGCGACUUGUGUUAAGGAAUCCGAUAUGGUGUAUGACUGCAGGCGUCUGCUGCAACCUCUUCAGCUGCUGCAGCGUCAUUGGAAAGAGGUCUACGCAAGUCUCUAUGGCUCUAUUGCGACGGCGAAUCGGGCGAGAACUCACCUGGACGGCCUACAAUCGUUUGUCAAGCAAUGGGAUCGAGUCGAGAUGUUUGGACUCGGAAAAGUGUACAAGAAGGACCUCACGGCAUUCUUGGACGAUGUAAACGCUGUACUGGACGGAGUCAUGACCAGACCCGAGAAAAAGGUGCCCUCGCACGAUGGGCGCGACGACCUUUUUUACGACGCUCAAUCUCGAUUACGGUUAAUGGAAGACUGGAGAAGGCACAGUAGGAAUUUACAGAACUAGGCACACAGUCUCCUCCGCUGCAUCAUCAGCUUGUAUUAUAUCAUAUUAAUAAACUGUGCACUCUUAUUCACGUUCUGGAUCAUGGGCAACUGAAAUCCAUCGUACGCAACAACUUUCCGUAUUAUUGGGUGGAAUCGCAUCGCAGUUUGUCACCUCACGCGUCUCUUCCCUAUUUCAGGUACUUGUCAUUCAAAUGUACAUGGAUAUGGACGAAUAAGUCCAUCUCCUUGUGCAACAAUUAGAGCGGGCUC